UAAUUAUAGUUAUACAAUAGUUAUACAACAUUUUUCGGAUUACAUACUGUACAACAUGAAUAAGAAUAAACGAGAAGUUCCAGCACUGCUGACAAUGAUAUUAGACAUUGAUAAGAAAGUAACAAAAAAUUUUGUGAAAAUUGUGGAGAACUUUAUGCCUAUGAAGCAAUUAAAAACGCAUUACACAGCAUUAGAGAUAUCAUGUCAUGGGAUACCAUGGAUUGUAUUAGUACUUGCAUCCAUUUGGAUUAUUAGUAAUAAAAAUUUAUACCAAAUGCAAAUAAAUUUAUUGAUAGCUCUAUUGUUAGACAUUGUGAUCAUUGGAUUAUUGAAAGCAGUUACAAGACGAAGACGUCCUGCAAUUAACACUGAUCCUUUCGCAAUGGGACCUGAUAAAUAUUCAUUUCCAUCUGGUCAUGCUUCUCGACCAAUGCUAUUAUUGUAUUUCUUUUAUUACUUGUGGCCUGUACCUGUGAUUUGCAUCCCACCAUUAGUAGCAUGGCUUGUUGCUGUAGCUUUGUCGAGGCUCUUGAUGAGAAGACAUUACAUUCUUGAUAUUUACGCAGGUUUAGUUAUAGGAUAUGCUGAAGGAAUUCUCAUGAGUAUUUUGUAUUUAGAACCUGGGACGUGUUUAUAUUUAGUCUCGUGGUUAACAGAUGUGAGAAUGGAUAUUGGAGACUCUGCUGAGUAGUUGUUGGUUCUUUUUAUUUCAUGUUUGUUAUUUUUUAUUAUGUGAUGCAAUAUUUUAGUGUACUUUUGUUAGAAACAAAUAAGUCAAACUGUUAAAGUACCAAGAUAGAAAAAGUUCUACCUAUAAUAUUGAAUCCAAGACUGCUAAAAACAUAUUGAAGAAAUUGCAUGUUCAAUUUUUGUCAGUACUUAUUUCUUAAGUCAGCGUGUAUGGGGAAAGGUUAUAGAGGUUACUGUAUUAUAAAAUAAAAAGUAAUAUUUUUU